UGCAUUCUGCAGGUGAAAUCAAACUUGGCUAUAACCUUCCUGGGCUUGGAUCAAUCUGUAUCUCCUUAUCAUAACCCUUGUAACAAACAGCCUAAAAGCAAGCACUAUCAGUUCUGAUAUAACCAAAGCAAACUGACUUUUAAACAAACACCAUAUUGCAGAACAACAUUGUAAUUAGAACGUGAAAUGGGCCUAUAUUUAGGUUUUUUUUUUUUUUUUUUUUUUUUUUUUUUCAGUUUUGGCGAGAAACCUAUAAUUGAACAGACACUUCCUCUCUCGCUUGCUGCUGCAUUACGCACUGCACAACCUGCCCUUACUGACGCUCUCGGUCGCGUAUUAGGGUUACAGGGGUCUUAGACCAUAUCAGCCUGUUCAGCCCUGGGCGGUGCAACACCUCUGUCAGCUCUCUGCAGUUAUGCACACCAGGGAAAGGAUUUUUAUAUAUCACACAAAUUACCACGGACACAUUCUUGGCUUCGCACCAAACGAAAACGCGCUAAUUUUCAUCUCUGAGGUCUAAAGUCUGCUGUGAGUGGGAGCAUUUUUUUUUUCAGAAGGACAUUUAAAACGGCAAAAAAUAAUAAUAAUAAUAAUAAUAAUAAUAACUUUACGGAAUUUGCUUUCUCUGGAACACUUAAAUAUGACCUUUUUGCGCGCGUCCUGGAGAGCUGAAAAGUGAUUUUUGCGCAAAAAAGGAAACAAAACGAAGUAGAGCAUGGAUAACGGCACUAUAUUAAAAUUAAACGGCACUAUUUUCAAAUUAAACAACAACACUACUUCGUUAUGGACUGAUUAUAGUGUCGAAUACAAGGUUGCGAGCAUCUUAUUAGUGAUCCUUAUUUGUGGAGUUGGAAUUGUUGGCAAUAUUAUGGUCAUUCUUGUGGUUUUAACGACCAAGCACAUGCGUACCCCAACUAACUGUUACUUGGUGAGCCUGGCAGUUGCAGACCUUAUGGUCCUAACGGCAGCAGGGCUGCCCAACAUCACCGAGAGUCUGUUCGGCGGCCAGUGGGUGUACGGAUACGCCGGGUGCCUCUCCAUAACUUAUUUUCAGUACCUGGGCAUCAACGCAUCAUCCUGCUCCAUCACAGCCUUCACCAUUGAACGCUACAUCGCCAUUUGCCACCCGAUAAAAGCGCAGUUUAUGUGCACCCUCUCCAGAGCCAAGAAGAUCAUUGUUUUCGUUUGGGUUUUAACUUCCCUCUAUUGCGUUAUGUGGUUUUAUCUUUCCGACACGACAGAGAUCGUUUUUGACAACGCUGUCCUCGUGACAUGCGCCUACAAAGUAUCCAGAAACCUGUAUUUGCCAAUAUAUUUCACAGACUAUGCGGUGUUCUACGUUAUCCCGCUUUUGCUGGCCACUGUUUUAUAUGGAUUGAUCGCAAGAACUUUUCUCAACCCACUGCCGUCGGAUCCCAAGGAAAGUCGAAGAAACUGGAAAAAGGAGUCGUCCGUGCAUGGGAACUCACGGAGUUCCUCUAGCAGCACGACUGCUGCUUCUCGCAGACAGGUGACAAAGAUGCUGGCAGUGGUGGUGAUUCUCUUCGCUGUGCUGUGGAUGCCCUAUCGGACGCUGGUGGUGGUCAACUCCUUCCUCAAGGAAGCCUAUCUGGACACCUGGUUCCUUCUGUUCUGCCGUCUCUGCAUCUAUAUGAACAGCGCCAUCAACCCGAUCAUCUACAAUGCCAUGUCGCAGAAGUUCCGCGCCGCCUUCCAAAAACUGUGCCAUUGCAGGCCCCAGCGCUCCGAGAAGCCCCCCACAUACAGCGUGGCCCUCACGUACAGCGUCAUCAAGGAGACCUCCAAUGGAGAAAGCCCAGACCACUACACCACAGAGCUAGACGACAUCCGUGGAGCCGCCGAAGAGCUCCUGCCCGAGAGGAAGAGGUUGUCAUUUAAAGAGUCCUCACUAGCUUCUAAAGGCACAUUGGCUAGCGCUUAGCUCCUUGUUGGUAUGUGUUGAUUAGGUUGCUUAGUUUGCAGUUUCACAGUGCCUCAGAGUGCCCUAUAUUGGAGUCGGCGCCACAUGAAAACAGCAUUUUGACAAUCACAGAAUUUAAUUUGCAGAUUUGAAACAAAGCAGAUUUAUUCAUAACUUUCUAAACUAGACUUGUAUGUUGGCUGAAGACCAAAAUAGGCCUUUUUCAGUCCUGUGCAGGUGGGGUAAUGCUUCUAAAGCAAUCAUAGACAGACAAUUGAAUGGUUGAUUGAACAUGACAGGUGAUGGUAGAUUUGGAGGUGAUUGAGUGUGUGAGCUCAGGGGUGAAUUCUUUGGUACUUCCACUCAGAAGAUUUGUACCACUGUGGACUCAAAGCACUAGCACUGUGGUCACUGUGGCAAGAGCCACAUGCAUCACUGCUAAAUCAUCACUCUGGAAAACUAGUUCCAGUAACAGUUGUCACGUUGACACUCACACCGCGCUCUGAAAAAAUUGGACAGUUGAUUACUUCUCGGCUUACAUUUGUUUCAAUUGUAAGUGCAAUUUUACACUUGUAGGCUCAAAUGUAUCCUGCCCAAUCUUUUGCAAAGGAGUAUAAAAAUUACUCGAUUGUGAGUCUCAAAUCACCAUUUUACACCCAGAACCCUAGUAGUUUUAAGGGUGUUGCAGAAUCAAGUCCUUAUAGGGAUAGUUCACCCAAAAAUGAAAAUAUUGCCAUCAUUUACUCAUCCUCAUGUUGUUCCAAACCUGUAUGAGUUUCUUUCUUCUGGUGAACACGAGAAGAUAUUUUAAAGAAUGUUUGAUAACCAGACAGUUGAUGGCACCCAAUGACUUCCACAGUAGGAAAAAAAAUAGUAUGGAAGACUAUGGAACAUUCUUUAAAAUUUCUUCUUUUGUGUUCAACAGAAGAAAGAAACUCAUAAAGGUUUGGAACAACAUUUUCCUUUUUGGGUGAACUAUCCCUUUAACUUUAGCAUUUCAGCAAGUCACGAUUGACACCCACUUCCCACAUUUAUCAGUCUAAAACCAGAGUAAACAUGUGUCUGUUGCUUUUGUCACAUAUAUUGUGAAUAGCACCAUCAGCUGAGGCUGUUUUCUCACGGUGGCAUUGAUUUCCUAGCAGAGCUCAAUUUUGCAGAAGGUACACUGCAAAAUUACGGAGGAGGUAAUUUGUGAUUUUGGAUGUUUAUAUUUGUAUCAUUUGUGUCUUUGUGGUAUAAUGGAAGGGAAGGUGAUUUAACAAUUAUUCUAUGCUGUAAAUACCUGGUUUUAAUAUCUGAUUCCUUGGGGGAAAAAAAAAAAAAAACAUGUUUCAGCUCUCUAUUUGUAGUUUUCAGUGGUUGGUUGCUGUAAAAUACCUGCGUGAACAUGGAUUGUAAUGUGACAUUUUAACAUAACACAACUCAAAUGUUUUUUUCUCAUAAUCAGUGAACACUUUAGAGGAUGAAAUGUACUGCUGUUGUGAUGUAAGCAAAAAAAUGUGUAUGGUAGUAACAUGUUUUGUGUUUAAAUUACCUUUCUUGCUGUUUUAAAACAUGUUUUGUAUUUGUAUUUUGUACAUUUGUUGUUUAAAAUAAAGUGAUAGAUAUUUGGGAAA